AACUUAAUAUGAUAUCCAAUUCUACCCUUAAUUUAUUAUGGGGUUAGGAGCAAAUAUUAUUGUUGUAUUGUAUAACAGUACAACAAGAGGCAAAACGUUGGACCUGGUUUCAAAAUAAAUAAAUUAUUUAUCCCUUGUGGUCCCGAUUUAACAUUAAAGAAUUUACUGUUUUUCCCAGGGUGGUGGUCAAAAAAUUAUGAAAAUGCCUCUUUGCGUAUCUUUUCGGUUCAUUCAACCAUCAAAUAUACAAAAGUAUCUAGUUCUACCCAAAUAGUUUUAAACAUCCACCACUCCAAGAAAAACGAUUUAGUUUGAAUUUAAACGGUUGGAUAGUCAAAAUAACCUGAAAACCAAUAAUUCCGAUUCUAUUUGUUUUUUACUGUUAUAACAUGUGACUUUUCAACUUCCUUUCAGAAACAUACAAUGAAUUCAUUGGCGAUUUUCGGCACUAUACUCUUGGCAGCUUCGUGCCUGUCAAAUCCGCUCAGCCGCGAGACGAGAGCUACUUGUACCCUAACAGGAUCAUCAAUUAAUGACCUAAGUUCUAUCAAACAGUCAUGUAAGAGUAUCACGAUCCAGAACUUGAACGUCCCCGCUGGCCAAACAUUAGAUUUGACUGGACUGAAAUCUGGAACAACUGUUACCUUCAGUGGAACAAUCAAUUUCGGUGUAAAAGAAUGGGAAGGUCCUCUAAUCUCUAUUAGUGGAUCCCAAAUUGCAGUAAAUGGAGCAUCCGGAAAUAAAAUUGUUGGUGGUGGCCCCUCAUACUGGGAUGGACAAGGAGGGAAUGGUGGAAAGGACAAACCUAAAUUUUUCAGAGCGGCAAGACUCGAUCACUCCGUUAUUAGAAACAUUAACAUUUAUGACUCCCCCGUGCAUGUCUUCUCAAUUAAUAGAUGCCAAAACCUAACAGUAGAUAAUGUCCUCAUUGACGACUCCAAAGGUGAUUCUGGCGGAGGUCAUAACACUGACGCAUUCGAUGUUGGCCGCUCUUCCCAAAUUACAAUCAAGAACACUAGGGUUUACAACCAAGAUGACUGUCUCGCCGUCAACUCUGGAACCGACAUCUAUUUUGAAAACAAUUACUGCAGCGGAGGACAUGGUAUCUCAAUUGGAUCCGUAGGAGGCCGUGACGACAAUGUCGUAAGGAAUGUUGUUGUUAGGAAUUGCGAAGUUGCCAACUCUGACAAUGGCAUCCGAAUUAAAACUGUUUAUGGAGCUACAGGAUCAGUUAGUGAUAUUACCUUCCAAGACAUCACCCUUACCAACAUCAACAAAUAUGGUGUCACUAUUCGUGGCGAUUACACCAACAGUGGAAGCAAAGGUACCGCAACUGAUGGUGUUCCAAUCAGGAAUUUGGUAGUAAGAAAUGUCCGUGGUACGAUAAAAUCUGGAGGACGCAGGGUUAUGAUUUUGGUUAAAGGAGCUUCAAACUGGAAUUGGUCUGGUAUAAGUCUGAGUGGUGGAAAAUCAGCAAGUGAUUGUUCCGGAAUACCAAGUGGUUCCGGAGCGCAGUGUUGAGUAUCCUGGCAGUAUUUUGAUUGUCAACGUACUGUUAUACUGUUUUCACGUUAAAAUUUACAAAAAUAAAGUACCACCAACCAGAAUUUGAUCAUUUAUUCACACUGAAAAUGCUCAUUCUGUUGUGAUUAUCGUUGGAUAAUCAAGGAGUGCUCUAUAGUUAAGUGUAUCAUGGUUCAGUUCAGUAUGUUGUAGGCUAGUUAUAAUGUAAAGGUGGUAGUAAUUUUUAUAUGUCACUUAUCGUAGUUUUUUAGUUUAUAUUAUUCAUAAAAUAAACAUUGAUAAAGUAAA